AUGGUGGGCAUCGGUCUGGACGAACGUGUCCAGCGCCUUGACCGCAUCUUCCAGAGUUACUUCUAUCUUCCUGCAUGCUCUCUGACAAGCACUGAUAUGUGCUCCGUGUGGCAGGCUGUCGCCAAACCAGAUGGCCGAAGAAAGGUCUAUCUUGAAUACGUCUCUGGACGAGCUGACCUCACCAAGGCGGCCUGCCCCUCUAACAUUCCUCAGUGUUCUGUCCACCUCCAUGUUGCAUCGCUUGGCGUCCCGUGCCAUUCCAGGUCAAAAUCGCACGAUGACGCGUGUGAGAAGCAGCUCGGGCCGAAAGUGCUACGUGCGGGCUCACUUUGGUCUUGGUACUAUUGCUAUCUUCUCCUGUUCAAUUCGGAAGCGCUGUGUGACAAGUCUCAUGUGGUAGCAGAACAUGCAUCGCUUUCUCCAGCUUCGCUGAGGUCUUCUAACGUGCAGCUCGAAAGGCAUAGUCGGCUCAGUAACCAGAGCGACGCGAGCACGGCGGACACGAGAGGGUCGCGUCGGCUGAGUGGCUCGGGCAUCACUGAAGCUACGGAACUGCCAUUGCUUUCCGAGGCAGGGUUCACAUCCGCGGAGGAUGACACCACGCCUUGCAGUAAUGUUUCGCAGUGCGACCAUGAGACGCUGAGCAUGUCGACAUUCCCGUCAGAUGGCUCAGCGAAUUAUGAUGACUCGUGCGAGAAGCAUAGUCGGCUCAUCAACCAGAGCGACGCGAGCACGACGGACACGAGAGGGUCGCGUCGGCCGAGUGGCUCCGGCAUCACUGGCGCUACUGAGAUGCCAUUGCUUUCCGAGGCGGAGGAUGACACCACGCCUUGCAGUAAUGUUUCGCAGUGCGACCAUGAGACGCUGAGCAUGCCCACCAUUGCUCCCCCCAACUUCGUGCCUGGUGCCGACGCUCACCGGUAUCUCUGCCAAUGGUGCUCGCAGGUGGAAUGGCAGCUGUGGUGGCAAUCGAUUCGGUAUGAGGACGCGUGCCAGAAGCAAGCCGAGCAUCAGCGGCGGAUACAGCGAGUCGCGUCCGAAAACAGCAGCGAGUUGACGGUGCUGGUCGCGGCCCUCCGUGCUGAGAAGCGCGUGCUGGAGCAGCGGCUUGGCCAGUGUGAGGACGAGUUGUUUGACGCCAAGGAGUGCCUGAUGAGUGAGUUCAUACCGCACUGCGCUCUCCAAAAAGAGUUGGAGCAGGAGCACAAGAUCAGCAGCGGCGCGCGCUGCCGUGUCGAGAAGCUGCGAAGCAAGUACGAAGAUGCUUGCCAGCAACGGGACCAAGAAACGAAGCAAGUGGAGCUUUGUCGGCAACAGCUGCAACGCGUCGAGACCAGAAACGACGAGUUGACCGUGCUGGUCUCAGCCCUGCGGGCUGAAAAGGACUUGCUGGAGCAGCAGCACUGCGCUCUCCAAAAAGAGUUGCAGCAGGAGCGCAAGAUCAGCAGCGGCGCGCGCUGCCGUAUCGAGAAGCUGCAAAGCGAGUACGAAGAUGCUUGCCAGCAACGGGACCAAGAAACGAAGCAAGUGGAGCUUUGUCGGCAACAGCUGCAACGCGUCGAGACCAGAAACGACGAGUUGACCGUGCUGGUCUCAGCCCUGCGGGCUGAAAAGGACUUGCUGGAGCAGCAGUUCAGCGAUGCUGCGUUGCAGGCCACCUCCAACCAGCAUUUAUCUGAGAAGUGUCAAGCGCUGGACGCGCAGCUCAAGCAAGAUGAAUGCGCGAGAUCUGCAAACAAGAUCGAGCCCACCAAAAUCCCGGCCUCUGCCUCGGACGCUUGCAGCAAGGCAUGCCAGACGUGUGAUCAGGACGAGCUUGACAUUGGCCAGUCAUUCCCAGAGACCUCUCCGGCGGCGGCGGCGGUUUGUCCGGAAGAGUGGGACCCAUGCAAGCUCCUUUUGCCGGAUCUCUUGCCAUACCUCUCCGUGCCGGAUAUCCUGAGCUGGCGCCUGACGUCCCGGCAGACCAGGAGCCCCGAGGCCUUGCUACGGCACGUGGCCGAAAUGGGGAGCUUGGACAGGCCUUCGUCCAUCGUGGAGUAUUCAGAUGCGGUGAUGCGGGUCUUAAAUGGAGACUCGGGCAACUUUGACAUCUUCUCAGAUGAUGCCCAGCAGAAGUUGUUUGACUGUCGACGGUGGUGCAGGCCGCGAGCACUAGCUCGAUUUGCUGAGAGCUGUGUAACCGACAUCGUGCAGAAGAACCUUGGGCAUCUGCUGGAGGGCACCCGUGCUUUUGACGAGGAAUCUUUGUGGCUUGCGGCACACCACGUACUCCUCAACUACGGUCUUGGUAGCUCUCCGGCGGUACAGAACCAGAUCUCAGAAAGCAUGCUGGAUCUGUUGGGAGAGAUGCUGAAAGACCUGCCGCGGGAAGCUACCAGACCUAGCAGGGCCCUGUGGAGACGGAUACAGCGUUGCAAAUCGCAUCUUAAGAUCGUCCUGCGCUCCUUGUCCAAGCCUCAAAGACAGAACUGGGUGUCCCUGUUGGUCGAAGCACUGCACGGUACGCAAGCCGCUCCAACGAGCGUCCACAAGAGUCUGCUUGGAGAAUUGCUUCUCCUCUGGCGAGCUGACGACAAUCCCCGCCAAACAUACGCAAAAGCCCUUGGGCAGCUGGAAGCCUUGAGAAAGUCCGAGGCGUUCCGAGACAGCGGGCCUGAGUUCGACGCCCUGAGCGCAGCAUGCUGA